CAGGAAGACCCCACCAAAGCUCGUCUGAACCCUCCAGAAGGAGUGAAACAGGAAGACUGGGAGGCCCUCUGUGAGCACUUUGAGAGUGAUCGAUUCAAGGGGCGGAGCACAAAUAACAUACAAAACAAGGCUAAGCAGCAGUAUGCUCACACUACUGGGGCAAAAUCCCACGACCAGAGAGUGUAUGAAAUGGAGCAAAAGAAGCUGGCUGCACAAGCAGCUCAAACGGAGCAGGUAGAUGACCAGGAUACUGAGGAUGAUGAUGCGGUGCCCGUUGACAUUGAGUUGUAUGCCAACACGCACAAGAAGGCAAGUGAUGGUACUUGGGUGAGCGAGGAACCGAAAGCGAAUUAUGUAAGCCCUUCUGCUCCUCUUAUAUUGUGUACCUAGUCCACGAACAUGAAUGGAUAUUCGAUGUAUAGUUAUUGUAAUAGGUUGAUUGAAUUAAGAGGGAACAA